AUGGCUCUCAUUCAGCAGCUUUCCGCAAGCAAUGCGUGGCAAGUCCUAACACUCCAAAAUGUGCUCCUUGUGUUGUUCCUGCUGUUACUCCUUUCAGUCGCCUAUCAGGUCGUAUACAAUCGCUUCUUCCACCCCCUUUCCAAGUUCCCCGGGCCGUACUGGGCCAGUGUGACAAGACUCUAUACUGUCUAUCAUAGUAUCGUCGGUGAUGCCCACCUGAACGAGUAUGAAGCGGUCAAGAAAUAUGGUCCGGUGGUCCGCAUGUCGCCAUCACUCCUGCUCAUCCGUGACGCUACUAUGCUCCCCGAGGUGUACCACCGAUACGCAAACAGAUCGCCAUUUUACCUGAAGAACAUGCUUGGAAAGGGGGAGUCGAUCCUGACGACGCGCGAUUGGCGCCAACACGCUCAACUACGCAGAGUCGCUGGCGGGGCCUAUGCCUUCUCAAACAUCAAAAAGAUGGAGCCCAUCUUCGACGCCAACAUCUCACGCUGGACGAAGAAAAUGCACACUGACUUUGCCGUCACCGGGCGCGAAUUUGACUUCGCCCCCUGGGCAGCAUACAUGACCAACGAUGUCCUCUCCGACGUCGGCUUCGGCGGCUCCUUCGGCUUCGUGUCCCAGGGCAAAGACAUCGAGAACCUGAUCACCGACUUCCGCGCCGGCCUCACCCCCUUCGGAAUCAUGUCCAGCCUCUACCCGCUAACCAACUGGCUCCGCAGCACCCGGAUCGGCGAACGCUUCCUAAUCGCCUCCCCAAACGACAGCGGCGGCUGGGGCAGAGUGAUGCACUUCCGCGACCAGCUCAUCGCCGCCCGCAGACGCGACAUGGCAGCCUCCAAACCCCGCGCCCAAACCGACCUCCUCCAAAUCUUCCUCGACGCCCGCGACGACGCCGGCAACCCGCUCGCCGAGGAGCAAAUCAAGGCAGACCUCCUGCUCAUCCUCCUCGCCGGCGCCGACACCACCGGCACAGCAAUCUGCUCCAUCCUCGACUUCCUCACCUCCUCCCCCGCCAUCUACGCCAAACUCGUCGCCGAAAUCGCACAGGCGGAGCAGCUCCACGCCGGCUUCGCAGCUGAAGUCCCCUCCUUCGACGAAGUCACCACCAAAUGCCCCUAUUUCGUCGCCUGCGUGAAGGAGAGUCUGCGGCUGCGGCCCUCGGCGCCAUCGAUCUUCCCGCGCGUCACACGCGAGGGCGGGCUCAUGGUCGGCGACAUACAUAUCCCCGCGGGCACGGAAGUGAGUUGCCAAGCAUGGAUCUCGAACCGGGACCCGGAGGUGUACGGCGCGGACGCAGAUACGUAUAAGCCGGAGCGGUGGCUGGAGGGGGAGGAGAAGACGCGGGUGUACGAGAGGUAUCUGCAGACGUUUGGGUACAAUACCAGGAGUUGUCUGGGCAAGGAUAUCGCGCUGAUGGAGCUGUAUAAGGGGCUUUUGCAGUUCUUCCGGAUGUUUGACGUUGAGAAGAUCAGGUCUCAUGGCCCGCCGGAGUUUCGGAAUAUGGGGGGUGUUAUGGUGUGGAGCAAUAUAUGGCUCAAGAUUUCCCCGCGACACACUGUGCAGCUUUAG